AUGCCUCCCAAGGUAUCCAAGUCAAGCAGUCUAAAGACUUUGCGGGUUAAAUUGUCGGAAACUAUUACGGAUUUCGAAGAUAUAAGAAAGUUUAUCUCAAUUAUCGGAGAAACUACCACGUGCAGUCAGGUUAAGGUGAGACUGGAAAGGCUUGACGAUUUGUGGGAGAGAUUUAGCGAUACGAUUAUCGAAGUGAAAACUCAUGAAGAUUUUGUUGCGGAAGAUUUUAACUUUUCUAAGGAACGCCAAGAUGUUAGCGAUUUGUACUAUGAGGCCAAGGCUGUGUUGAUGGAUAAGCUUAAAGAGCUGCAGGAGCCUUUUGUCGAUAGUACAUUUAGCGGGAACAUUGAUGAAUGGAUGAGCUUUCGUGAUCUGUAUACUUCUCUCAUUCACUGGAAAACUGAUCUUCCAGAUGUAGAGAAGUUUCAUUAUCUGAAGGGCUGUCUGCAAGGUGAGCCAAAGAGUUUGGUCGAUUCUCUACAAAUUACCCGAGCAAAUUAUCAGGUGGCUUGGGAUCUUUUGGUCAAGCGUUACAAUAAUAGUAAGUUGUUGAAGAAGAAACAAAUUCCAGCUUUAUUUAGGCUUCCUCAACUUACAAAAGAAUCCCCAUCGGAAUUGCACAGUUUGGUUGAAGAUUUUCAAAAAGCGGUUCAAAUUUUAGAUCAGGCAGUCCAAUCUGCUGAUUACAAGGAUUUGCUGUUGAUACAUUUGCUAACGAGUCGUUUAGAUCCAGUUACUCGUCGCAGUUGGGAAGAACACUCGGCAUCUGAGGAACAAGAGACAAUUUCCCAGCUUAUGGAUUUUCUUCAGAAAAGGGUCACUGUUUUGGAGUCUUUACCGGUUAAAUCUGCAGAUACUAAAUUCGCUCAGCAGCAUUCUUCGAAGUUUCGGUUACCAUUUGUAAAAACAAGCUACGGAUCCUUCCAAACUUCAGGUUCAAAUUGCCCCAUGUGUUCUGGUGGUCACUUCUUAUAUGAGUGUGCUGAGUUUAAAAAACUAAACGCAACGGAAAGGGACUCGGUCUUGUUGAAACAAGAGUUGUGUCGAAAUUGUCUUCGAGCUGGGCACCAGUCAAGGGAAUGCAAAUCAAAAUUCUCUUGUCGGAAUUGCAAGGGACGUCAUCACACCUUGGUUUGCUCUCGAGAUGGUAAAGGAAAUAUUGCAAGCACAAGUUGCUCAAAUUAUCGGAACCACGGAAAUUCGGUAAAUUCGGCAAGCAUAGAGUCAGAUGAGUCAGUGAACGUCACGUCAGUGUCGGCGUCAGGUGUGGAGCGUCCGUCUACGGUUUUACUAGCUACGGCGGUGGUUUGGUUGGAAGAUGAAUAUGGUCGGAAGGUUCCGGCAAGAGCACUUCUCGAUUCCGGGUCGGAAUGCAAUUUUGCAACGGAAAGAUUGAGUCAGCUAAUCAAGGCAAGUCGGAAAAAGGUGUCGGUUACUGUGCAAGGGAUUGGUCAAUCAAAUGCACAGGUGAAGCAACAAAUUCGAGCAAAAUUACGGUCGAGAGUGUCGGACUUUUCUCUAACAACGGAUUUUCUAGUUUUCCCUAAGGUUACUGCAAACUUACCAACGCAAUCGGUUGAUAUUUCGGGCUGGAGAAUGCUCCAGGAAAUAACUUUGGCAGACCCAGCAUUUUUCACAUGCAGAUCAGUAGACCUUGUGUUGGGAAUCGAAUCAUUUUUCUCGUUCUUCAAAUCAGGUCAGGAAAUUUCUCUGGGCAACAACCUCCCAACACUGAUUGAGUCUGUUUUUGGAUGGGUGAUUUGCGGUGGUCAAUCUCUAUCAAGCAAAAGUGACCAAAUCACCUGUAAUGUGUCAGUUUCGGAAACUAUAGAGGACAUGGUUUCACGGUUUUGGUUGAGCGAGGAAAUAGAUGUUGGUCCCAGUUUUUCGCCUGAAGAAGCACGCUGUGAAGAGAUUUUUAAAAAAGACGUUCAACGUUCGGAAGAUGAUCGGUAUAUUGUCAGUUUACCAAGGAAUGAGUCUGUCAUUCAGCGUUUGGGUGAAUCAAAGAGAAUCGCGAUGGACCGUCUCAAGGGUACAGAGCGCAGGUUAGCUUGGAAUCCUGUUUUAUAUGAAGAAUAUCAUAAAUUUAUGAAUGAGUACAUACAGUUGGGUCAUAUGCGAAAGGUUGAGGAAAGGGAUGCCAAAAAGCGGUGCUUUCUUCCACAUCACCCAGUUCUGAAAGAGGCCAGCACAACGACUAAAGUUCGUGUUGUCUUCGACGCAAGUUGCAAAACUUCUUCAGGCGUUUCUUUGAAUGAGGCUUUGCUGCUGGGUCCGACAAUUCAACAAGAUCUUCGCUCCAUUAUUUUGCGCAGUCGGACAAGACAAAUCAUGAUCGUUUCAGACGUCGAAAAAAUGUUUCGGCAAGUUUAUGUCAGGCAGGAAGAUCGGCCUCUACAAUGCAUUCUUUGGAGAGGUUCUCCAGAAGAGGAAAUAAACGUCUACGAAAUGAAUACGGUCACAUAUGGUACGAAGCCAGCUCCAUUCUUAGCAACUAGGGCCCUGAAACAAUUAGCCAUUGAUGAAAGAGAAAACUACUCAAAGGCAGCACAGGUACUGUGCAACGAUGUCUAUAUGGAUGACGUUAUAACCGGAGCAGACACAACGGAAGAAGCGAUUAUUUUGCGUCAGGAACUCGACUCAAUCAUGAAAGCAGGUGGAUUUUUACUUCGGAAAUGGGCUUCGAAUAGUCCUGAAGUAUUGAAAGGAGUUUCACAGCAGAACUUAGCGAUCAAGGUAUCAGACGAAAUCCUUUUGGACCCAGACCCGUCAGUUACUACGCUUGGUUUAGUUUGGAGACCAAAGUCAGACGUUUUGAAACUUAAAUUUCAAAUUCCACGGUUAGAGUUGACGGAACAGUUAACGAAAAGGAAAAUCUUGUCAGUUAUAGCGUCUUUGUUUGACCCACUGGGCCUGGUUGGAGCUGCCAUUACGACAGCAAAAAUUUUCCUACAAUUACUUUGGACUUACGAAGAUAGUAAUGAGAACCAGCGGUUCAAGGUUAUCAAUGUGCCGUCGUCGUGGAUUCAACACGGAAUCCUCAAAUGGCCAAAGUUGUCAAAUGAGAAGAUAGAGAAGCUACGUGUAAGUGGAACUCCUUAUUUCGGAUCCACGAGAAGUAUUCCUGCGAUCGUUAGUCGUCGAUAUCGUAAUUUUGAUAGCGCGGAAGCUGCUGCAGAUGCCAUGACCAAUACGGAGGUGUCGGAUUUGGACAACAAAAAGGCAACCCUGAAAGCUUUGAAAACGAAAGAUAGGAAACUAAAACCAGGCAAAAACUAUAAUGCCUUGUUUUCUGAGUUGAAGAACGAAACUGCAACCGUUUCUUCUGAGCAGGAAUCAAGCUUUCAAAGCGGUUUCGAGUCAAGCAAUGCACAACAAUGCAAUAUUACACCUGAUACCAUAGAUAAUAACUCAUCUGAGCUGAUGGUUAUUCCAUGCGAAAUUCCUGAAAUUUUGACCUCGUUUGAUGGAGACAUUAUCAUAGAGGAUGCAAGCGGAAUUCAAUACCAAAAUAGUGCUCCUCAGCAAACUGAAGGUGCCAAUGAGUCAUCGACAAUUCCACAAAAUGGUGUUAUUUAUUUGGAUGUCCCACCAGCUGCCUAUGAACCGUCAGAUCAAGCUACAUCUUUACCAGAUACCAUAGACGCUAAAUUGGUCCAGAUUGAAAACAAUUUGAAAGCCUUCAUAAAAAUGACGAUAGAUGAAUGUUUCAAGGAGAACUUCUGCAAGUUCAUCUCAAUUAUGGAGAUUCAAAGCAAACAAACUAAUUCGAAGCAAGACACAGCUAUUCCGGUUGAUACGGAACCAGUGGAGUUCCACAAGCGGAUAAUGGAUGAGAAGCAACUGUUGGAUUUUAACGCAUCUUUGGCCAAUGAAAAUCGACGUAAGGAAUACGUAAGUGUAAAUAUUUUAUUGAACUAG